AUGGCGCCCGGCACCAGUUGCGAACUCUCUGAUUUCCUUGAGCACGUAGAGAGUUGCAAGCUGUUCGCCAUAGCUGAAUCUUCACCAACAGGCACCCAAUCCAUCGUGUCAGUACGCGCGCUUCACGCCUACCUUACUAAAGACAGAGUGCGAAAGCUCCUGUUAUACGUCGCUAGUUCGUCCAACCAUGAACACACAGUCCGGGAAAGAUACUUGGUCGUAUUUUCCAUCCUUCUUUCGAUAGAUCGGGGUCCCUACAUAACGAAUUUCGUUCAACACGAUGAGCUGGCAGAUGCAAGACUGCCUUUUCAUAGCCGCGGCGAAUGGCCGGAAGUUUGCAGGCGUAUAUUUGACGAGUUUCACGAGGCGCAGUGGAAAUUCUGCGCGAAACGGCUCGUGCAUGGCUGGUUGAACGAUACGAGGCUACACGAGGACGAGGUCGUACCCUUCAAGAGGAAGGAAGUGCUGCAAGAGGGUCCGGACUCGACUAUCCUCAGGGUCGAGUUAUUUGAGGAGUACAACUACCUUUUCCCGGAUGAACCGCAUAAUCCCCCUACCAACGUCUUCAUCCUGAAAUCGUGUCCAUCGAACAAUACAAAGUUACAUAACAAUGAGGUAGAGGCUUACAGGAUACUACUGAGCCACCCAAGUGGUCUGGAUGCGAUGCAAAACAUGGCACGCUUUUAUGGCUCGUGGAUACAGGGUGACAACUGUUACAUAUUGCGUGAGUAUGUUAGCGGCGGCACCCUCACGGAAUUCUUCAAACGUACCGAGGCACCGACGUCAGCGAACGAGAUACUGAAGUUCUGGACAAACUUCACACAGCUGAUAAAGCCAAUAUCAUCUAUACACUGUCUUCCUGAUCCACGCAACCAUCGUUCGUUCAGAGUGGGGUUACACAAUGACAUCAAACCGGACAACAUUCUUGUGUCAGAGAUGAACAAAGACAGCCCGUUCGAUGUCUCCUACAAACUAAUCGAUCUGGGUCUUACUGGGUUUGUGCUAGCGAACGACCCCGAGGAGAUACAGCUUCGCGAUGUGCACGGCACGAAGAUGUAUAGUGCGCCCGAAUAUUUCCGUGGGGAGGAUGACAUGUUCAGGCAACAAAGCAUCAAGCAAGCAUACCCACCCAAAGACAUCUGGGCCUUAGCUUGCGUAAUCAGUGAAGCUGCAGUAUGGUCUGUAUUCGGUCAAAAGGGGCUGAUUGAGUACCACAAACGGCGAGUGGAGGCGACUGACAGUAUCCCAUCCCUUGCAGAAACAGGUUACAGUGGCUGCUUCCAUGAUUCUACAAAAGUUCUCGAUGUUGUAGAUUUCAUGCAUAGGAAAGCCUACGAUUCGCGCCGGGCAAAUAUUGAUAACAUUGUUAGCCAUGUCAUCCGUAUAGUUGGUGGAAUGAUGGUCCAAGACCCUUCAAGAAGACCAGAUGCGCUAAGAGUGUACGAAGACCUCACACGAGCUGUACAAUUAGAGACACCACCAACAGCCACCACCUAUACGCGACACUCUAUGCCCGUCCAAAUGCCUCCAGAACAUCCAGCGGGAUUGGGUGUGACUAUCGGCACGCCUUCCAUACGACUGCCUUACGAGUCGCCAGGGCAUCCAAUGCACCGUCCUCUAGACAGACGUGCAACGAUCAGUACAAACCCUCGCGCUCGUCCACUUUCCGGCGUCUUGAGUACUGAAGAAGACGAAGAGAUAUCGAGACCAAGUCCUCACUUGGCGGCUUAUGAUGCUGCACAUGGGCCGCAACAGACUCGAAUAUCUGGUAUUAACAGCCCACUCCCACACUCUAGCGCACCUAUCGGCCGGACAGAUCUUCCUGUAGCUUCUGUUAAUGAAGCUCUUGAUUAUAUACGCAGAAAGAAGGCGGACUCGAGAACGCCUCCUCUACAAGGUCAAGAAUGGUUGAAAAGACUACAUGGGAGAGAUCAGAUCUUCCUAAUCGAUGAUUCCGCAUCCAUGCAGCAACACUGGAAAGAGGUCAAGAAGGUCUUUGAAGCUCUUGCGUAUCUCGUCAAACUUAUGGACCCGGACGGUAUUGAAUUACGAUUUGCUAAUAGUUGUGAGCACGAUGGCCGUGAGAAAAACCGUAAUGGACUCAUAAGAAAUUUUGAGAGAGUAAAACCUGGUGGUCAGUGUCAGAUGGGUAUAGCACUCAACAAAAUUCUCCCGAACUACUAUCAGACCCCGACGAACAAACGAGGAUCGUGGUAUUUGCGAGCAGAGGAGAAGCCUUCAGUCAACAUUUACAUCCUCACGGACGGUGUGUGGUCGCAGGGUCAGGAAUGUCUUUCUACGGUUCAGGAUCACAUUACUGGCCUAGUCAAUCGUCUAUCGGGGACUGGUAGACUGGAACAUGUCGGUAUCCAGUUCAUCCGAUUUGGAGAUGAUGAGGUUGGGAAACAGCGCCUGGAUAUUCUCGACAACGAUAAGAUGAAGUACUACGAUGUUCCUAGAGACAUUGUUGAUACAGAGCCCUCUACUGGCAACAUUUUCAAGAUGCUCCUAGGAAGUACCGAUGGUAACUGGGACGGACAAGAUAGCGGCUGA